AUGGCUGUGUCAAUAAAUGAAAUUUGCGAAAAUACGAAACUUGCGCGUGAAAUGGCAUUAAUGGGAAAUUAUGACACAUCUGGCGUUUAUUAUCAGGGGGUUGUACAACAAAUACAUAGAUUACUCGCGACUAUAGCAGACGCGACUCGUAAGGCAAAGUGGCAAGUUGUACAACAUCAAAUUGUCGAAGAAUUUGAAAAAGUAAAAGCUACAUCCAACACAUUGCAACUUUUCAAAGUGGACACACAUGGAGAAAGAUUGCUCGGGACAUCUUGUUUGUCAUUUGAAGAACCAACGCGAGAUCCUGCUUUAUGGUCUUAUAGCAAUUCGGAACCCUCUUGGAAUCAAAUGCCAGCCAGGGAUCCUGAUGUAUGGCCACCUUUAACCCCAGCAGAACAAAAAAACUCAAAGCAGCAAAAGGUUCAACAGAAACAGCAAAAUCGAACAAAUACUAGAAAAUCUCUUGUUACAACUAAAAAACCAGAUAGUAAGAUUGUCAUCAAAAAGGAUGACAAGAAAAUUGUAAAAAAAGAUGAUACCAAUAAGGACAAGUCAGAGACAGAAAAAGAUGAUGUCGAAUUAGAAGAACGCAAAUUUGAACCAUCUACUACUGAUAAAGAUCUUGUAGAAAUAUUAGAAAGAGAUAUUGUUCAAAAAAAUCCAAAUAUUCAUUGGGAUGAUAUAGCAGAUUUACAUGAAGCAAAAAGAUUACUGGAGGAAGCAGUUGUGCUUCCAAUGUGGAUGCCUGAUUUUUUCAAAGGAAUUAGACGACCUUGGAAAGGAGUACUCAUGGUUGGGCCACCAGGCACAGGUAAAACUAUGCUCGCAAAGGCUGUUGCAACAGAAUGUGGCACAACAUUUUUCAAUGUCUCAUCCUCUACAUUGACAUCAAAAUAUAGAGGUGAAUCAGAGAAACUCGUUCGACUAUUGUUUGAAAUGGCUAGAUUUUACGCACCCAGUACAAUCUUCAUUGAUGAAAUUGAUUCUUUGUGCUCUAGAAGAGGAUCUGAAUCAGAACAUGAAGCUUCACGUCGUGUGAAAUCCGAGCUUCUUGUUCAGAUGGAUGGAAUAAGUUCCAAUAGCGAAGAUCCAAGCAAAGUGGUGAUGGUAUUAGCAGCAACGAAUUUUCCAUGGGAUAUCGACGAAGCUCUGAGAAGACGCUUGGAAAAACGUAUUUAUAUUCCAUUACCUAAUCAUGAAGGCAGAGAAGCAUUAUUAAGGAUAAACCUUCGUGAAGUCAAAGUGGAUUCAUCUGUAAACUUGGCAGAUAUUGCAAAGAAACUCGAAGGUUAUUCUGGUGCAGAUAUCACGAAUGUUUGUAGAGAUGCUUCGAUGAUGCUGAUGCGAAAGAAAAUUGCGGGUUUGAGGCCUGAUCAGAUCAGACAAUUACCAAAGGAAGAAUUGGACUUGCCUGUAUCUGCUGCUGAUUUUGAUGAAGCUGUUGAGAGAUGUAACAAAAGUGUUUCCCAGGAGGAUUUGGAAAAAUAUGAGAAAUGGAUGAGUGAAUUUGGUUCCUCUUGAUAUCAUUCUGUUAAGAAAUAACAUAAUUUAUUGACAUAAGUUUAUUGCUUGUAUGCAUGUGUUGACAUCAUUACAAUUAUAAUAUUAUUUUCUUUAACACAUAUAAAAUGGAGAGCUUCUUAAUCUUUAAUCCUAAAUUUUAAAGAACUUUAUCAUA